AAUGUUGCAAAUAAUUUGUUACUGAGGAAAUUUUAUGAGUCAUGCCAUAAACAAUAGUCCAUUUUUUGGAGCUCAGACUGUUAGACCUACAACGACACUACUAAGCAUUAAGCAAUUUAUAGCCUGGAAAGUUGAAAGUGGGAACAGAGCAACAAAAUCAAUGGCAGAAAAGACCCAGAUCGCCAUCAUUGGAGCAGGCACUUUUGUGAAGAAUCAAUACAUCCCCAGAUUAUCAGAAAUUUCUCAUCUUGUUUCUGUCAAAUAUAUUUGGAGCCGCUCUGAGGAAUCAGCUAGAUCUGCAAUGGAGGUAGCUAGUAGGAGUUUCCCAGAUGUAGAUUGUAAGUGGGGUGAAGCUGGUUUUGAUGAUAUUAUUAAGGAUUCUUCGGUUGUUGGAGUUGCUAUUGUUCUUGCUGCCCAAAUUCAGGUGGAUAUAGCAUUAAAACUACUCAAGGCAGGGAAGCAUGUGAUCCAAGAGAAACCAGCUGCAGCAAAUAAUGCGGAGGCAGAACUAGCACUGUCAAAUUACAAUCUUAUAUGCCCUGGUAUGCCCAGCAAACCAAUCUGGGCUGUAGCAGAGAACUACAGAUUUGAACCUGGUUUCAUUGAGGGCAGAAAGCUAGUCGAAGAAAUAGGAGAUAUGAUGAGUGUCCAAGUUGUUGUGGAGGGAUCAAUGAAUAGUUCUAACCCAUAUUUCUCAAGUUCUUGGAGGAGAAACUUCACUGGUGGUUUUAUUCUAGAUAUGGGGGUUCAUAUGAUUGCCGGACUAAGGAUGCUUGUUGGGUGUGAAAUGAAGUCAGUUUCAGCUUUGACAACUCAUGUCGAUACAACUUUGCCUCCGCCAGAUAACAUCUCCAGUACAUUUCAAUUAGAGAACGGUUGCCCUGGCAUUUUCGUGAUGGCAGUAUCAACUAGAUCACCAAAGAUAUUCUGGCGAGUUGUCGGCUUAGAAGGAACUGUACAAGUUGAACGUGGCAUCAUUGACGGGAAGCAUGGUUACUUGGUUUCUAAAUUUGACAUGGACGGACAAUGCACAAGCUCGUUCCACCCGUUCAGUGGAGUAACGGAAGAACUCAAAACAUUCUUGUAUGAUAUUUCAGAGGUAUCUGGCAACCACAAACCCGACCCUCGGUUGUCUUACGUUGAAGGCGCACGAGACGUGGCUAUUUUGGAAGCAAUGCUAGAGUCUGGAACAAAGCAAGGAGCUGUUGUGCCUGUCAAAAAAUUCUAGUUAGAAUAGAGAGAUUCAUGUUAUAAAUUGAUUUGUUCUGCUUUAGAAUUAGAAUAAAAUGUGGCAAUACUUAGGUGCCUAUUAAGGAACCAAACAGGCAAGCAAUGCUGAGUUAUUAUGAACCAGGCAAACUUAGUCUAAUUUUCAUCAAAGAACAAUUAUUGAUAUGAAAGAACAUUGAAGGA